CGCUCAGUGGCGCGGAGCCGACCAAAUAAGGAGAAGGUGGCUGCCCCGUCCCUCGGCGGACAGGCCGGCGCGGCCCCUCGGCCCGUAUAAAUUGGGGCGCCUCCGCAGUGCCGGUACCCAGGCUCUCCUCCGCAGUCCCCCCGCCGCCGGUGCUGGUCUGAUCCGUGCCUCCCUCCGAAGAUGUGUGACGACGAGGAAACCACUGCACUGGUGUGCGACAACGGCUCGGGGCUGGUCAAGGCGGGCUUUGCUGGGGAUGAUGCCCCUAGGGCCGUAUUCCCAUCCAUCGUCGGCCGUCCCAGGCAUCAGGGUGUUAUGGUUGGUAUGGGUCAAAAAGAUUCCUAUGUGGGUGAUGAAGCUCAGAGCAAAAGAGGUAUCCUCACUUUGAAAUACCCCAUUGAACAUGGCAUCAUCACCAACUGGGAUGACAUGGAAAAGAUCUGGCACCACACCUUCUACAAUGAACUCCGUGUGGCCCCUGAGGAACACCCUACCUUGCUCACAGAGGCCCCCUUGAACCCUAAAGCUAAUCGUGAAAAGAUGACCCAGAUAAUGUUUGAGACCUUCAACGUACCUGCUAUGUACGUGGCGAUCCAGGCUGUUCUGUCCCUGUAUGCCUCUGGUCGUACAACAGGUAUUGUUCUUGACUCUGGCGAUGGCGUCACCCACAAUGUACCUAUUUAUGAAGGUUACGCUUUGCCUCAUGCUAUCAUGCGUCUGGAUCUGGCUGGCAGGGAUCUGACUGACUACCUCAUGAAGAUCCUCACAGAGCGUGGCUACUCCUUUGUGACAACAGCUGAACGUGAGAUUGUUCGUGAUAUCAAGGAGAAGUUGUGCUAUGUUGCUCUGGACUUUGAGAAUGAAAUGGCCACUGCUGCCUCUUCCUCCUCUCUGGAAAAGAGCUAUGAAUUGCCUGAUGGGCAAGUGAUCACAAUUGGUAACGAACGUUUCCGCUGCCCUGAAACCUUAUUCCAGCCUUCCUUUAUUGGUAUGGAAUCUGCUGGUAUUCAUGAAACUACCUACAACAGUAUCAUGAAGUGUGAUAUUGAUAUUCGUAAGGACUUGUAUGCCAACAACGUCCUCUCAGGUGGUACGACGAUGUACCCUGGUAUUGCUGAUCGCAUGCAGAAAGAAAUCACUGCACUUGCUCCUAGCACUAUGAAGAUCAAGAUCAUUGCCCCACCUGAGCGCAAGUACUCUGUCUGGAUUGGUGGCUCCAUUCUUGCAUCUCUGUCCACCUUCCAGCAAAUGUGGAUCAGUAAACAGGAGUAUGAUGAAGCUGGUCCAUCCAUUGUCCACCGCAAGUGCUUCUAAGCACUUUUCCCCUCAAUUUACUUCCCACUCAGGAUGAUGAUGAUAUGCUUCUUGAAGUCUUCUGUCAACCCUUCCUGAACUCUUCAGUCAUUGUACAGUUUGUUUACACACCCGUGCAAUUUAUUUGUGAUUCUAAUAUUUAUUGCUUUAUAAAUAAACAAGAUCUGAGACUUGCAACCUACAAA